AAGCCGAGGGGGCCGGGGUGGGGCCAAUGUAGGCCAGGGCCGCGCGGGCGGGGCCGGGGCGAUGGGGAAUCUGUUCGGGCGCAAGCGGCGGAGCCGGGUCACCGAGCAAGAUAAGGCCGUGCUGCAACUGAAACAGCAACGGGACAAACUAAAGCAAUAUCAGAAAAGGAUAUCGCUGCAGCUGGAGCGGGAGAGGGCUUUUGCUCGGCAACUAUUAAAAGAUGGCAAGAAAGAGAAAGCAAAGUUUCUGCUGAAGAAAAAACGGUAUCAAGAGCAACUGCUAGACAAGACAGAAAACCAAAUUAGCAACCUGGAACGCAUGGUCCAGGAUAUUGAAUUCACACAAAUUGAGAUGAAAGUGAUUGAGGGCCUCAAAAUUGGUAAUGAGUGUUUAAAUAAGAUGCACCAGGUUAUGUCAAUAGAAGAAGUGGAAAGGAUCAUGGAUGAAACCCAGGAAGCUGUGGAAUACCAGAGGCAAAUAGAUGAAAUGCUGGCUGGCAGCUUCACUGUAGAAGAUGAAGAUGCCAUUUUAGCAGAAUUAGAUGCCAUCACUCAGGAACAGAUAGAUCUUCCAGAGGUUCCAUCAGAGCCUCUCCCAGAAAAGAUUCCAGAAACAUCGCCGGUCAGAGUCAAACCAAAGCCAGAACUGGUGGCUGCAUCUUAACUCCAUUUCCUGGGGGAUCCCUGCAGGCUAUCCUGGACUCCCAGCAUGCCUAGGGUGCAAGAGGCUUCCGUGGUGUCCCAUUGGCUCUGAACAGCCACGCUGGAGCAGGUUUCCUGCACAGAAUGGAAGCUGUAAACUGGUUAAUAUCCCAUAUCAAGAUUAUUUUGUAGUGUGCACACUCCUUUUUUUGUAACGUAAACUGGAUUAAAUGGUGACUCUCAAAACCCUUCAAGCCAAAUGCUUUCUACAGACCUGAUGUCAGCUGCAGACCUGCCUCAGACGCCAGCACAGCCUCUUGCUAACUCUGCCUAAGCCCUAUGGUGCCCUUUUGAGCUUGUGGGCACUGUGAAAAGUUACGAGCUUUCUGCUACCGUGCGGGAAGAAUUGCUGGGAACCCUCUUGGCCUUCCUCUUCACUUGCCUCUCUUCAGUUCUCUGGCUUUUUCGAAUGGGUUCUCUCUCUCUUUUUCCCCCUUUGUUUUUUUGGAAAGAAUGGAAUUUACGGAACUUUGGCCUGUACCUGAAUUAGACCUUGCUAGCUUGAUGCUGAGAUGGGAGCGUCACUUCCAAUGGUAGCAACAAUUGCUUGUGCUGACGUGGUAGUGGAAAUACAAGAAGGUUACCCCGUGUCCAGUGUGCUUCUGAGACAAAUGCAGUUAAUAGUUCUAUGCACCACCAGGUAGCGAUGCCAGGCUGCUGGCCUUGAUCUCAGAUAACUGAAGGCCUGUUUCCUACAGGGAUAGGAAUCUAUAAAAAGUGCUUGCUAAGGAUUAAUUCCUGAAAUCCUAUACAGGCAUCCUGUUUUCCCCUUCCUUUUUCUUCCUUAACAAAUCCAUGGUGUGAAGAGCUGAACACUGUUUCAGCUGAAACUUCUCAACAGGAGAGGGGUUUGGAAGUUGCAAAUCAAGCAGCUUCUUGAUUAAUCUUGCCCUUCCCAGCUUAUCACAGCUGUGAAAUGGGCUGAGACAGGAGGCAGAUCACCUUUUCUCAGAGGUGGAGGCUGCCUGCCGUGUCUGCUUCUCCUCUCUUCUUGUAUGGAGCAGUCAGGAACACGGGAAGCCAGUGGGGCUAAGUAUUGCUUUCCUCAUAAUUAUAGAAGACCUGAAUGUGCUUCCCCGCCCCCCUCCUGUAUGCUCGAAAGGGCUGGAUCCUAGUUCGUUCUGAUGGCCUCCUUGCCCUUAAAGGGAUGACAAAGACUUUGCCCCAGAUCACACGGCUUCAGGAACCUUGAAAAAUGGGUCUGACCUGCUUUCACAGUUGCAGCCCACCAAACAUGUAUCCCAGACUUACUGCCUUUUGAGAGCCAGCUGGUCUGUGCUGAGCACGACCCGCAGAACCUGCUGCGGGGCCAACCGUGGCUGAGCGGUUGGAUGGGUUGAUGCAGUGGGGUGGGGGUGGGAGAAUGAUAUUGAAGGCUUAUUCUACAUACAGAAGUAGUAGAGGUUGCCACUGUCUGGGGUCUACAGCUCAGAGCUGAUAAACGUUUCCUCUGAUUGACCCCACUUUCUAUCUGAACCCUUCCCCAAACCGCCUUGUUAGUGAGUGGAAUUGUAUCCUCAGGCUCCUGGGAUUCAAGCUUUUUCGAAUGUAGUGGGUUUUCCCCAGUGGGUUUUUGACUGAGGCUGUGCCAGUUUUGCUGCUGCAAAGAACCCUGAAUGGCUCGUCUUCAAAGUCCUCUGCUAGCACUUGCCCAUUACCAUUCACAGGGAGAGGGAGCUGCUUGAUAGUGGUCCUUAAAGCUGCACCUAGACCUUCCCCCACCUAGGCACUCUUUUUUGGCAUUAGGAAGGCCGAGCAGUAGAUCGGAUUGAGUUCAUGGUUCACACUUAAGUCAUCCUUUCUAUAUAAUGUGCUCAAAGACCAUUCGACCAGCCUUUACAUCUGGGAGACAAACAAUUACGGGAAGUGUUCUGUGAUUUCUUACAAGUUAGUUUGUCUGUUGCCAAUUCUGUCUCAGUACUGCUGUAUUCACUUUGUUCACCAGGUGGCAGUCCUACCCUUACCUGUUCCAUCACUGUGGCUGAGAACAAACAUUCUCCGGCUUUAACCUCUUAGUUGCUGUGGACUGCUGUCAUUGAUUGAUUGUUACUACAUUUGUGAGCAAAUGCCAAGGCCUGCUUCUCAAGGAAGAGCAGGACUUUCUCAUUGGUAUCAAGGGUACUGUAGAAGCAUUCAGCUCCCCUACAGGGAUCCCCAGUAGGCUCCAUUGCGCCCAGUUAACUAGGUAGCUCAGUGCCCAGGGGAAAUUAACGGGAGUGCGUUUUUCUUCCUCCUCUUCACUGCCAAUAAGAACAGGAAAGAAAGCCAGCGAAAGAGCCUGCCAGCUCCAUAGGAGAGUAAGGACUGCAGAUAUGUAAAGCGGCCUUAGAGAGUAGCCACAGUGCUAACUAAACAGCUUCCCUCUGCAAUUCCUCAGUCGGUGACAUCUUUUGCUAAAGCCAGGUCAGAUUAGGGCUGCUGCCCAGCCUCUCCAAACUCUCUGCUUGCUGCGCGUGAGUCAAAAAUUUCCAUCUCUUGGCUGAAUCUCUGUGCGGCUCCUCAAACAGUAAAGCCAGCAGGAGCAGUUCAGGGUAGCAGCAAUAAAGUGUUUCUGACGCC